GUCACUUUCAUGAAUUCAAAGGCAAUUUACCAGUGAUUUUGGGUGCUGGGGCUGAUUUUUUUUGGCGUAAUUAAGAAUGUCUUCCAAGCAAGCCACCUCUCCAUUUGCCUGUUCAGCUGAUGGAGAGGAAGCGAUGACCCAAGAUUUGACCUCAAGGGAAAAGGAAGAGGGCAGUGAUCAACAUGUGGCCUCCCAUCUGCCUCUGCACCCUAUAAUGCACAACAAACCUCACUCUGAGGAGCUACCAACACUUGUCAAUACCAUUCAACAAGAUGCUGACUGGGACAGCAUUCUGUCGUCUCAGCAAAGAAUGGAGUCAGAGAAUAAUAAGUUAUGUUCCCUAUAUUCCUUCCGAAAUACCUCUACCUCACCACAUAAGCCUGACGAAGGGAGUCGGGACCGCGAGAUAAUGACCAGUGUUACUUUUGGAACCCCAGAACGCCGCAAAGGGAGCCUUGCCGAUGUGGUGGACACACUGAAACAGAAGAAGCUUGAGGAAAUGACUCGGACUGAACAAGAGGAUUCCUCUUGCAUGGAAAAACUACUAUCAAAAGAUUGGAAGGAAAAAAUGGAAAGACUAAAUACCAGUGAACUUCUUGGAGAAAUUAAAGGUACACCUGAGAGCCUGGCAGAAAAAGAACGGCAGCUCUCUACCAUGAUUACCCAGCUGAUCAGUUUACGGGAGCAACUCCUGGCAGCGCAUGAUGAGCAGAAAAAACUGGCAGCCUCACAAAUUGAGAAACAACGGCAACAAAUGGACCUUGCUCGCCAACAGCAAGAACAGAUUGCAAGACAACAGCAGCAACUUCUGCAACAGCAGCACAAAAUUAAUCUCCUGCAGCAACAGAUCCAGGUUCAGGGUCACAUGCCUCCGCUCAUGAUCCCAAUUUUUCCACAUGACCAGCGGACCCUGGCAGCAGCUGCUGCUGCCCAACAGGGAUUCCUCUUCCCCCCUGGAAUAACAUACAAACCAGGUGAUAACUACCCCGUACAGUUCAUUCCAUCAACAAUGGCAGCUGCUGCCGCUUCGGGCCUCAGCCCUUUACAGCUCCAGAAGGGUCAUGUCUCCCACCCACAAAUUAACCCAAGGCUAAAGGGCCUAAGUGACCGUUUUGGCAGGAGUUUGGACACCUUUGAACAUGGUGGUGGCCACUCUUACAACCACAAACAGAUUGAGCAACUCUAUGCCGCUCAGCUGGCCAGCAUGCAGGUGUCACCUGGAGCAAAGAUGCCAUCAACUCCACAGCCACCAAACACAGCAGGGGCAGUCUCACCUACUGGGAUAAAAAAUGAAAAGAGAGGGACCAGCCCUGUAACUCAAGUUAAGGAUGAAGCUGCAGCACAGCCGCUGAACCUCUCAUCCAGACCCAAGACAGCGGAGCCUGUCAAGUCCCCAACCUCUCCCACCCAGAGCCUCUUCCCAGCCAGCAAAACCAGCCCGGUCAGCCUGCCCAACAAAAGCGGCAUCCCCAGCCCCAUUGCAGGGAGCCUGGGAAGGGGAUCCUCUCUAGAUAUCCUGUCCAGUCUCAACUCCCCUGCCCUGUUUGGGGAUCAGGAUACGGUGAUGAAAGCCAUUCAGGAGGCUCGGAAGAUGCGAGAGCAGAUCCAGCGGGAGCAACAGCAGCAACAGCCACACGGGGUUGAUGGGAAACUGGCCUCCAUGAAUAAUAUGGGGCUGAACAACUGCAGGAAUGAAAAGGAAAGAACGCGCUUUGAGAACUUGGGGCCCCAGCUAACAGGCAAGUCCAGUGAAGAUGGGAAGCUGGGCCCAGGUGUCAUCGACCUCACUCGGCCAGAAGACGCAGAGGGAGGUGCCACUGUGGCUGAAGCACGAGUCUACAGGGAUGCCCGGGGCCGGGCCAGCAGCGAGCCACACAUCAAGCGACCAAUGAAUGCAUUCAUGGUUUGGGCGAAGGAUGAGAGGAGGAAAAUUCUUCAGGCCUUCCCCGACAUGCAUAACUCCAACAUUAGCAAAAUUUUAGGGUCUCGCUGGAAAUCCAUGUCCAACCAAGAGAAGCAACCUUAUUAUGAAGAGCAGGCCCGGCUAAGCAAAAUCCACUUAGAGAAGUACCCGAACUAUAAAUACAAACCUCGACCGAAACGCACCUGCAUUGUUGACGGCAAAAAGCUCCGGAUCGGGGAGUAUAAGCAACUGAUGAGGUCUCGGAGACAGGAGAUGAGGCAGUUCUUUACUGUGGGGCAACAGCCUCAGAUUCCAAUCACCACAGGAACAGGUGUUGUGUAUCCUGGUGCUAUUACUAUGGCAACGACCACACCAUCACCUCAGAUGACAUCUGACUGCUCUAGCACCUCUGCCAGCCCAGAGCCCAGCCUCCCGGUCAUCCAGAGCACUUAUGGCAUGAAGACAGAUGGCGGAAGCCUAGCUGGAAAUGAAAUGAUUAAUGGAGAGGAUGAAAUGGAAAUGUAUGACGACUAUGAAGAUGAUCCCAAAUCAGACUAUAGCAGCGAAAAUGAAGCCCCAGAAGCUGUCAGUGCCAACUGAGGAGUAUUUGUUUGCUGAAUUAAAAUACUCUGACAUUUCAUCUCCCCUUCCCCAACAAAAAGUUCUUAAAGAGCCCGCAUGCAUUUGUGGCUCCACAAUUACAUCAGCAGAAUGGUCUUAAUUAUUUUGUAAAGUGUGAGACAGAUUAAGUUUUCCCUGAUUUUUCAUGAACUUGAGUUUUUUGUCGUUAUUGUUAUUGUUGUUGUUGUUUUUUAAAUUUAGGUGAAGACAUAUUAAAUAUGAGACACCAGGACUUGAAAACUUAUCUCAACCCAUAGCUGUCUUACAAGUCUUAUAUUUUUGUCUUACUUUUUUUUUCUUUUGGAUGUUGAUAAAGGUUUAAGUUACUGUUUUAGAUGGGGUUAAACAUUCUCACUCAGGUAUGCUGUGCCGGCCUACAGGUUGUGAAUGUGUUUUUAUUCUGAAUUACUUUAGAAAAUAACUGAGGAUUUCAUUUUGUGAAACAGAACAAGUCCACGGCGUGUGCAGCUGCAUGUAGAGCAUAUUCAAAAGGCCUCAGAAUUCCAUGUGUCCAUGUGUAGAGUUAAACUUUGAAUGUGCCAAACUUUUUCAUCACUUUUGAAUCUUAAUAUUUUGAAAAGUCUUAAAGGAGACACUGCAAAGUCUUAGACAAUCUUUGGCAUCUUAAAAUAAAAUAGCAAACCAGACAUUUUUUUUUCCAGAAAAAUGGUAAAGUACUCAGGAAUCUGGAGACAAGAUAUUGAAAGGAAUGAACAAGGUUGCCACAGUGCAUGUACCCAAUCGUGUUUGCCUCUUGAUGUGCCAUCAGUGUGUGACGUGUAUAUGACGUGUGCACACCAGAGCGAUCACCACACCAGAUACCGACAUGGUGGUCUCCUCUGCCCGAGACCACCUCUCACUACAUCCAUCAUCCCUUUGCCUUUAACCCUGACAUUCAGUCUUAACACAUUUUUUCUUAAAUAAUUUAUUCAUUCCAGAAUGUCAAGGGUCCACUUACUAUUUAUUUUUUAAAAAAUUGUUGGUGGCAUUAAUUUAAUAAUUCUUGUUUUUCACCUUCCUUCCCCAAAGAACUUUUCAGCCCUUCCACCUCCUUCUCCUGCUAGAUACAAAAGAUGUACAUAGUGAUUUUGUCCCCAGAGCAUCUGGAAGCAUUUCUGAAACAAGGUACUAUCAAAUACCUUCGUGUUGUUUUUAAACAUGAGUGUGUAUCGCGCUGCAGGGCUGUGUAUUUGGAUACAGGUGCAGAGUCUUACACUUCAACAGCUAGGCCCCUGAGGUUUGCUGUGACCCCAAGUCUCUUGCCAGAAUUUCCCCCUAAGUCAGCUCAGCAGUGUGGUAGGAUCUGCCUCCACGGCAUUUGCCCUGAAUGUCACUCAGCAGCAAGGGUCAGCAGCAAGGGUCAACGGUGGUGACUCCCAGCAGAGAAGUCCAGCAGCCAAACCUACAGCCCAAGGCUGGGGGCCAUGGAGGAGGCCACAGUGACGCUGUCUCGGGCUGGCAUCUUUACACUGAGUUGCCUUGUCCCAUCUGGCCCAUUUAGGGAGUUCUUUGCAAAAUCCCCAGGAUGCAAGAAGCCACGUGACAGCCUCUACGAAAAGACAGAGGCAGAGAGUCAUGAUACAUCCAGAGGGUGAAAGAAAACCUUAGGGAAGGAGAAGGAGGGGAAAUACAUUCUCUACAGGGGAUGUUUCCACUGUUAACUCUGGAAACAGAUCACUCCUGGGGCAGCAGAGGAGUUCCUCGGGCUCAUGUCCUCUGACUGUGGCCUCCGUGUGAACAAGAUUAACUACACUUGUCACACAAGGACUUUUUUGGAGAUGUGCUGAUGGGCUGGGAGGCAGUGAGGUUGGAUUCCCCAUCUCCUCCUCACAGGGAUCUUGGCCUGAUUGCCUAUGGGGGAGGGGAGCCAUCACCAGAGUGGUUCAGUUGGAGAAUGUCUGCAGAUGGGACAGUUCACCUCACAGGACAAUCCAGAAUCUGAUCACCAGAACAUAGGAACAGCCCCAUCAGAUUUCUUGAGCCAUUUUUGUCACUUGGAAGAAAAUAGUGUACCUUCAUAUUUAUUUAAAGAGUGCUCAAGGCCAUACCUAAUAGCAAUAACCAGCUCUAGCCACAAUAUACUAGCUACAUCGUUAGCUGGGAGUGCUCUCCAUAAGCUGAUUAAGGUACUGAUAGGUAUAUUUUGUUCUUAAUAUUGGUUGGGGAUUGGAACUUUGUUUUUGUACAUUUAUUUCAAAUGAGGAGGAGGUCAUUUUUCUUUAAAAAAUGAGUAUUUAUUAUUGUCUUACUGAUUUCUUUUGAACGUAUACCUCUCCUCCUCGUUCAUCCUCAUGUUUUUUUCUCAUCCUCCUUGACUUUGCUUUGCCCUCUCCACUCCUUUUUUAUUUUGUUGCAUAGGUAGAGUGCUGUAUGGCUAGCAUUGUAAUGUAUGUAAUUAAUUUUGCACAGAGGCAAACAUUUAGAAUAGUAGGUUAAUUUUGUUUGUUUUAUGACCAUGCCAAAAUAAUAUUCUGGGCUGGUGGAGAACAAAGGACUGUUCUUUAGGACUGAAACUUGAUUUCGCUUGUAGUAAAACAAAACAAAACAAAACAAAAACAACAAAAAAACACACACACUCACAGAUGUUGUUUCGUAAGUGUUAUAAGCACUGGAUAUAAAUGGUAUUUUUUAUCACUUCUGACUAAUGUGAAACUGUUGUACGAAAACUACAUGAACAAAAGUCAUCUGUUUCGACUCGUGUGGGCUUGCCUCACAGUUGCCGGAUUUGAGUCAUUUUUAUGUCUUGUUAUUUCAUUUAUUUAUGCAAAAUACAUGUGUGUAUGAACACUUUGUUUUAGCUCCAGCUCUGCCCCAGCACUGGGGUUCAGUUACUUCUAGUCGUGCUCUCGAAAAUGAAAGGCUAUUCAGGAAUGAUCUGAUUGUAAACACCCUUGCAUUGGGUCAAACAGUGAUGCUGUAUUUGAAUCUAAAUUCUGCGCAUAAGCAGUUUGUUCUAUUUAUUAGCCAAGUCUGGCUCUAAAAAUCCUUAGAAAUUAAGAAUGACAAUCAUAGGGAUCACUUCAUUUUCUUUGCAGUGGGGCUUAAACAAAGUUUUUUAUGACUUUACCAUCUCAUUUUAGAUUUUUUUUCUAAUUGUGUAAAUAUAACAUAGAAAUAGAAUUUAUUUUUGGUUCAUGAAUACUUAGUGAGAUAUAAGUUAUGUAUUUCCUUUUUGUUCUCUAUCCGUAUGUGUUGGUCCAGACUAGAAGUUGAGGAGUCACUGCACCGUGUGGGGGUAGUGGGUUACCAGCCAUGGUGAGAGUGCAGCGUCCCACUGGCGUUGGGGCAAGACAGCCCCUCACUCGGGCCUCAUGCAGUUAGAACCCACUGUCCGCAGACUCAGACUUUGGCUUUUUUUCUCAUAGAAAGUCGAUGAAUGGAGCGUACCACAUGUCCAGGGCAGCUGGGGGAGAGUCCGUUUGCUUUGUGAAUCCACAUCAAUUGAGUAAGUUAACUCUGUGACCAUUUAUAGCAAGAAGCGUGAAUGAUGUUAUAAAAGCAAAAAUCUGCCCCUGAGAUUGGUCAUGAACUAAAGUCCCACCAUGCCAAUUAAAGGAAAUAUUAUUAAUAAACUCUUUUCAGUGCUUUUUAUUUCAUAGUGUAUUCAAAUCAGAGAUAAAAAUGUUCUCCAUUUUGGUAAAGAAUUUACAGGAUUAGGAUUUUCCAUGUCACUUAGAAUAGGGACACUGGCAGACAAUCCUAGCCUAAAAUUGGACCAUAAAAAAUAGGAAGGAAGGAAAGAGAAAAAAAGAAGAAAGAAAGAAAGAAAGAAAGAAAGAAAGAAAGAAAGAAAGAAAGAAAGAAAGAAAGAAGAGAAAAAAGCAAGGAAAGAGAAAAAAGAAAGAGGGAACGAGAACAAGCUAAUCUGUGGACAGGAGCAGCAGGCUGGCAGUUUCUCUGUUUCACUGGCACAUGUGAUGCAGUAUCUUUUCCAGAAGGUAUGAGAGCUUUGUUGUUUUCACAUGUACCCAGCUCAACCUUUUAGGAGCGCAUCAGUUUGCUUCAUUUGGUAUUUGAUACUCCCCAGCCUUGUCCUCAGGCCUGAUUCUGUUUGCCAGGGUCCUGACACCGACUCGAAGGCCAAGUUCUAAAUUCAGGUGUGGGCUCAGUGCUAUUGAGCUUGUCAAAGCCUGGCCUCCCCUGAACAUUGGCCCCACUGGAGCCUGGGUGUUUGAAAAGGGUGUGAUCACCCCAGGGCUGAAAUUAAAGGCUUCUUUCUUUUCCUCAUGAAGCCCUGCCGCUUCUUCUUGGGAGCACACCCUCCAGAGCCAGGAGCACAGGCACUAGCUGAAAGCAGGGACUGUUUCGAGGAAGUCCAUCUGCCCCCAGUAGGAAGGGAGCCUGGUCACUUGAACACCACAGCCCAGGCUGCUUAUCUCAAUUUACUGAUGUUGCAAAGAGGUGACCUCUACUGACUCAUUAGGGAAAGGAAAAAGAAUCACUUAGUAGUUUUAAAUCAUACGAGAAGCCCUGUACCAAGUGCCAACAACUGCAAACAGUGCAGCUAGAUGAAUGUAUUGGAAUUAUUUCUGGGUCUUCCUUUUUGAUGAGAAAAUAACAGAGUGGUUGCUGUAGCUUUGCCUGAUUCUGUACACGUUUGUCUAAGGACUGAGUUGGCACUUAAGCUCACUUCUCAAAGUAUAAUGUUGUAUGACCUCAUUUGUCCUCUUACAAAAGCACUUGCAUCGUUUCCUUCAGUCAUCUGGCCCCUCCCCCACCGACGUGUUUUCUUCCUUAAUAAACAACUUCUAUCUGUUA